UGCCACACACAAAUUCAACCCAUAGAUAAGGUGCCCUUUUCUCCCAAUUUUCUCUAUUCAUAAACCACCCUUUUCUCAAUUCAAGAAACCCUUUUCCUCUAUUUAACCCCCCUCUGUUUUGUGGCAGCUAUACCUUCCAAUUAAAACAAAACCAAAUUGCAUCUUUGACAUAUGUGGACUUUUUGGAUCCACUAAAAAUCCCGUAUAUCUAUUCAAGAUUACAGUUUUUUGCAACCCAACAAACUUCCAACUUGCCUCUUUUAUUUUCGAACUCAUUUGCACCUCCCAUAUUGCAUUGUUGUUGUUCAAGAAUCAAGAUUAUGGCUUUUUGCCAGAUGGGUGUGUGGUUUUAUUCAAAUUAGUGCUGUUUCUGAGUUGGGUUUUUAAUUUUAUUGAAUAAAGUUUUGAUCUUGGGGGUGUUUAGGAUGAUGAUGCCGGCUACAUGCCAUAAUCUUGAAUUUGGUAGGAUUAAGUUUGCUGAUUUUGGUGCUUGUGGGUGUUCUUUUAGUGCUUCAUUCGACCGGUUUCGGUCGAGGAAUUACGCUAGGAAAGUGAUUAGGAGUGUGAAUAGGGGUGGGGGUGGUGGUGGUAGGAGAUUGAUAUGUUGCAGGGGUGAUGAGAAAGUUGCAAAGUGUAGAGUGUUUUCUACUGAAGCUCCUGAGACUUUGCUCAAUGAGGAUGCGCCCGGGCCUCCACCGGUGUUAAGUGUGAAGAAAGAAUCGAAAGCUGAUUUGUUCGAAGUUGUUUCGGAUGACCUUCUGACAUUGAACAAGAAUCUACAGUCUAUUGUUGGUGCAGAAAAUCCGGUUUUAAUGUCUGCUGCUGAGCAGAUAUUUAGUGCCGGUGGGAAGAGAAUGAGACCAGCCUUGGUUUUCUUAGUGUCAAGAGCCACAUUAGCGCUUACAGGUUUAGAGGAACUCACACGAGAGCAUAGGCGCUUGGCAGAGAUCAUUGAAAUGAUUCAUACGGCAAGCUUAAUUCAUGAUGAUGUGUUGGACGAAAGUGACAUGAGAAGAGGCAAAGAAACUGUCCAUCAGCUAUACGGUACACGAGUGGCUGUUCUAGCUGGUGAUUUCAUGUUUGCACAAUCAUCAUGGUACCUUGCGAAUCUUGAAAACCUUGAGGUCAUAAAGCUUAUUAGCCAGGUUAUUAAAGAUUUUGCUAGCGGAGAAAUUAAGCAAGCUUCGAGUUUGUUCGACUGCGAUGUUGAACUCGACGAAUAUCUGAUCAAAAGCUACUACAAAACAGCUUCACUAAUCGCUGCUAGCACAAAAGGCGCAGCAAUCUUUAGCAGGGUCGACAGUGACAUCAGCGAGCAAAUGUACCAAUACGGCAAGAAUCUCGGUCUAUCAUUCCAGGUAGUCGACGACAUAUUGGAUUUUACACAGUCAGCAGAGCAGUUAGGAAAGCCAGCUGGCAGUGACCUGGCGAAAGGAAACCUAACCGCACCAGUGAUAUUUGCUCUCGAAAAAGAGCCGAAGCUGAGGGAGAUAAUCGAGUCGGAGUUUUGUGAAACGGGUUCGUUAAACGAAGCUAUUGAGCUUGUGAUGAAAAGUGGGGGGAUUGAAAGAGCCCGAGUUCUUGCUAAACAGAAAGCUGACGAGGCGAUUCAGUGCCUGCAAUGCCUUCCGCAGAGCGCGUUUCAGUUGGCCCUCGAGGGUAUGGUCAAAUUCAAUCUUGAGCGUAUUGACUAGAUUGUGUGGUUCGAGAUUAUGCAUUGAUUGGUUGCGGUUGAAGCUGUCAAGAAACACACUUGUUUUUUUGGGGGUUUUAAGUUGUUAUAGGAAAUUCAUACAUCUGGAAGAAAGGAAAUAAACAUUCAUAGGUAUUGUUGUAUACUAAAUAUAUAUAUUCUUUGAAAAUGAUCAUAAUUGUAAGUUGUCAUUUUCUUGGUUUUAUGGAACUAUUUCAUAUGCUCAA